CAUACUUCAUGCUUUACGGUUGAGAUAAUAAUCGGUGUAUGGUCUCGCGAUGUUUGACGGUUAAGCGCUCCUGCAGAAAAAGGACUUGACACACAUUGUCAACAAAUAAGAUAAAUUAAUACUAGCUAGCAACACAGGCAUGCCAAGGUGUGCGAGUGUAGAUUAGGCUGACCUCUCGCUGCACCUAUAGGUCCUCUGCUGUCUCUAUGACCACCCCUCCCAUAGUGGCGUUCGCCGGGCAGCAGGCUCAGGCUGCCCGUGAUGUCAACACGGCGUCGCUCUGUCGCAUUGGCCAGGAGACGGUGCAGGAUAUCGUCUUACGCACCAUGGAGAUCUUCCAGCUGUUGAGGAACAUGCAGCUGCCAAAUGGAGUGACGUACCACCCCAGCACCCACCAGGACAGGCUGGGCAAACUGCAGGAGCACCUGCGUAUGCUCUCUGUACUCUUCCGCAAGCUGCGCCUCGUCUACGACAAAUGUAACGAAAACUGCACCGGUCUGGACCCCGUACCCCCAGAGCAACUCAUCCCCUACGUGGAGGACGACAGCUCCAAACACGAUGAGCGCUUGGCCAGCCAGGCCCGCCCGGCAACAGAGGAGAGGAGAGAAAUCCUGGAGGUUAACAAGAAGCUCAAACAGAAGAACCAACAGCUGAAGCAGAUAAUGGACCAGCUCAGAAACCUCAUCUGGGAGAUAAACUCCAUGCUGGCUGUUAGGAGUUGAACGGCAAACACGGCGACACAGAGAGAGAGACACACAGGCGCAGGCGCACACACACACACACACACACACACACACACACACACACACACACACACACACACACACACACACACACACACACACACACACACACACACACACACACACACACACACACACACACACACACACACACACACACACACACACACACACUGGAAGACAUGGUUGUUAACUGGAUAUCUGACAGGGUCCCUCUGAGGCUGAUGCUGACGCUGCACUUUAGAAAUGCAGGCUUUUGCAAUAUACCACCCUCAGUCCCAGAAAAAGAGGGCGAAGAAAGCAAAGAAGAACGAAGAGAAGUUGUGCGAUGGAGAAAUGCUGAUAUACACUCACCGUACAGUUUAUUAGAUACACCCAUUUAGUAACACGUCGGACCCUCCUUUGCCUCCAGAACAGCCUGAAUUCUUUGGCGUAUUCUACAAGUUGUCUGGAAACGUUCCACAGGGAUGUUGGUACAUGCUGACGCGAUGGCAUCAUGCAGUUGCUGCUGAUUGAAUGGCAGUACAUUCAUUGUACAUAAUAAACUGUCCGAUGAGUGUACCGUAAUUUCCGGACUAUAAGCCGCUACUUUAUUCCCAUGCUUUGAACCUCGCGGUUUAUACAAUGACGCGGCUAAUUUAUGGAUUUUUCCCGCUUUCACAAGAUUCAUGCCGCCAAAAAACUAA